CGAUUUUUGCCCUGGCACCGCUCAACUGAUCUCAGCACCGUUUCCAAUGUUUGGGGCUUGGCCAUGCCAUGUCGGCAGAAUAUCGCGAGUUCAGAGUUGCACUGGACGCGUUCUCCAAGAAGUCUCAAUGGCAGUCAGCACAGGAGAUUGUGACUCUCGGUUCGGAACAUUUGGCCAGCUGUUCUCACAGGAACGCUGCUCGGAAUGGGAUGUUUCUCGUUGAUACGCAUUGUACAUGCUUAAAGCAUGAUAGGCUACACUGUUUCACAUCAUGUUACAAACAAAUAAAACUAAUUGAAUAUCCCAUCAGUUCAAUAUCAUAUCAUAUCAUGUUAUUCCUAAAUAUCCCCUAUGUUAUGCCCAUAUGUGUUCUACAACUCUUCCGAGGCAUCGGCUGGAAGUGGGCUCUUUGGAACCCAGCCUCAAGAUCUACAACAGUUUCAUCGCAUCCUGUGCUCGCACAGCCCACUGGCUGCGAGCUUCGCAGACGCUGCGAAAGCUGCACCAGAGAGGGACCCCUCCGCGCCUUCACCCGGUGACCUAUUCUACGGCCAUCUCUGCUUGCGAGCGGGCAGCGGAAUGGAAGGAGGCAUUCCAGCUUUUGUCUCAAGUGGAAAUCCGUGGAAUGAAAGUCAGUGUGGUCCUUCUCAGUGCAGCCUUGGGAGUGGCCACGCCCUGGCGCUGCGCUGUGGGCGCCGUGGCAACGCUGAAGGACACCCGAACCGACGUGGUCCUCUACAGCUGCGCCUUGCGCGCUGUGGCUGCCAGCGGCCGAUGGCAGGCCGCCCUGGCGCUUCUCCAGGACUUGGAGGGCUGCCAGUCGGCUGAUGAAAUCGUCUACAACUCUGUCCUGAGUGCGUGUGACAAGAGUGGACAAUGGCAGAUGUCCCUUGCGCUCUUCAGUGCUCUCGGAAAAAGACAGCUUCAAAGAGAUCUCAUGGGUUUCGGCAGCGUUUUGAGCGCCAUGUCCAAGCGCGCCAUGUGGCGUCACGCCUUGGUGCUCUUCGAGGAAGCGCUGGCGCAGUCGCUUCGAAGGAAUGUGAUCCUCUACAGCGCCCUGAUCCAUGCGUACGAGAAUUCCAGCCGUUGGGAAGCGGCACUUCAGUGUCUGGCAGAGCUGGCGUUUUUUUCGAUCCAAACGGAUGUGAUUUGCUACAGUGCUGUCAUCAGUGCAUGUGAAAAAGCUGCCCAAUGGCAGCUGGCUCUGAGAUUGCUUUCAAAGAUGGAAAGCUCUGGGAUGAGAGGCAACGUCGUUUCAUCAACUGCUGCCAUCAGUGCAUGUGCUGGAGCAAUGCAGUGGCAACAUGCGGUAUUUCACUUCUCUCUGAUGACGAGAUGCACAGCGGAGGGAAAUAUGAUUACCUACAGUUCAGCCUUGACAGCUUGUGAAGCAAGGAAGCAAUGGCCACACGUGGUGGCAUUGCUGCAGGAAGCACCUUCCAGAGAAACUGAUGUCAUCCAGACCCUCCUGGCUUGCGGUCAAAAAAGGAUGCCACCGCGGCCUCUGUGUUCUCAGUAA